AUGAUAACCAAAAUCUACACCUGGUUUAAAGGAUCAACAUCAGUAGGAAAAGGAAAAAUCUACAGCAUUCCCAACAUCAGAUCUGAGGACAGUGGAGAAUACACAUGCCAGAGUUGGAAUGAACAUGGAGAGAGAAGAUCCACUGCUGUGCAGAUUAAUGUUACAUAUCCUCCAAAGAGCGUCUCCGUGUCCAUCAGUCCUUCUGGUGAAAUAGUGGAGGGCAGUUCAGUGACUCUGACCUGCAGCAGUGAUGGAAACCCACCUGUGAAGAUCUACACCUGGUUUAAAGAAGGUGGAACCUCACCUGUAGGAUCUGUACACAGUUACAGCAUCAACAGCAUCACUGCUGACCACACUGGACUGUACUACUGUGAAGCUCAGAAUGAACAUGGAGCUCUGAAUGGAACUGUGAUGGUCACUGUUAAGAGUCAGAGUUUGUCUGCAGUCUGGAUUGCAGUGGGAGGAGGAAGCAUUGUCCUCAUUAUCAUCUUAACCUGCAUCUGCGCGUCAGAUGAAUAA